CGAAGUGAUCACAUCAAUAUUAACAUGCUCGCUUGCCUAGCGACCAGCACUCCGUCGCCUCUGCGGCUGCAGGCGCCAGUAGACGAGCAGAGCCACCAGCUCCAGAAGGGCCCGUACUCGAUCAUCAAGGAGCUCGGCUCAGGUCUCCACGGCCGCGUGCUCCUAGCCUACGACGACCGACUACAACGCGACGUGGUCGUUAAGCUCCCGGCUGCGCUGACAGUUAAUGCACUCACGACGGACCGCGUGAACGUGGACGAGUUAGAGCACCAGGUGACGUCUAUUGUGCACGAAUGCAACGCUAUGCGUCGCGUACAGCACCUCAACGUCUUACAGAUCGACCGAUUAGUGUCCGGCAAGAAGGGUGACUACGACUAUGUGGCCAUGGUGACCGAGUUCACACCGCAUGGAGACAUGUUCGACCUGUUGGAGGUCGGUGGUGCUCUUCCGGAACCUCUGGUGAAAGUAUACGCAUGCCAAUUACUGCGGGCAUUGGAGGCUUGCCAUGCCAACGGAGUCGUGCACCGAGACGUCAAGCCCGAGAACUUGCUAUUGGAUGCCAAUUAUCAACUCAAACUCGCGGAUUUUGGUGUCGCAGCAACGGCACCUGUGGGCGCUGAUGCGACUGAGAUUUUCUCACGAGACGAGAGCGGGACGGCGUUGUAUAUGGCUCCAGAGAUCAAGUCGAGACGGAUGUACCGUGGUACUCCAGUGGAUGUUUGGUCUGCUGGCGUGGUGCUGUUUAUCUUGAUUACGGGUCUGCCACCUUUUAACGAAGCGAGUAAGGGAGACGCCUGGUACGACACCCUCCUGGAUGGAAACUUGGCGCACUUUUGGGCGUCACAACCGGAAGAAGUGCUCCAAGCGAUGACUCCAGGAGCGCAGGACCUCAUUUCCUCGAUGCUUGUCGCUCCAGAUGAGCCACUUACGGUGUCGGAGGCUUUGCAGCAUCCGUGGCUUCGAGGCGCAGACUGCGUGGAUUCGUCGUUGAUUCGCCACGCCGUGUCGACUCAUCUAGAAGCGGCACUUGCUGCCAGCAAGAUGGAGGUUGCCUGAAGCAGCCGAUAGAAUAGUUUAGCUAGAAUCCCAUCGAUUCCAAAUGUAAACUACGAAUUGUUUCGCUCAUCGGAAAUGGCUAGA